UCGAUUUCAGCUCCCUUCUAUCUGAUCAGCUUCUCCUCCGCGUAUUCUCCAAGCUUCCCAUAUCUCACCACCUAUUAAGCUCGUCUGCAAGCGUUGGUUGUUUCUUCACGGCAGCUUGGUUCAAUCUCUUAAGCUCCUCGACUGGCAAUUUCUCGAGUCUGGUCGCCUUUUCGCACGCUUCCCUGCUCUCACCGAAAUCGAUACCGUCCCUAGUUCAUGUAUCCGCCUCCCUCGCGCGGCCAAACUCGGGUGUCUACAGGACAUUUAAACCCUCCUUCUCUCUUCCUAUCGAUAUGUUGCCCCCCGACAGGAUUCAACAAGGACUCCAAUUGAUUACUCAAAAGUAUCCCAAUUUUAUCCCAAGAUAUAUGGGAGUUGUUACUCCAAUAUAGUGUACACACAUCAAGACUAGAGAAUAAAACACCUCCCUCUUUGGGAUUUUUACUUCUUUUUCUUUUGGUCGGUCAUUCUAGUCUACUGUGACCUUUCUCCGUACUAGGUUGAAGCUAAUAUAAAAGCAGCUGAAAUGAUAUGUAGUGCCAACAAGGCUUGGCUAACUUUGUCAAUCCUGCUUCUUACUCGCGAAUUAAUAAUUCUGUUAGAAAGUAUCUAGACAUCCCAUAGCUUCAAAGCAAACAUGAUUUACAUACCACUGGUUUUUAAAAGCCGAGGCCCAUCAAAAAGCCGAUCGAUUGUGGUCUCAUGAGUUUUCAAACCUCUCAUUUGUUCUUAAAGCCCAGCCCAUUCCGUUAAAACAUGUACGUACGUACCUCUUCUCUAUGUGGAUCAAAUCAAUUCACAGCAAGAAAACAAAAAGAUGGCGCUGGCGCUGUUAGCAUCUCCUCCACCUCCGCAGCUCCGCUUGGCCGUUUUCGAACCAAGUGUUCGCUCUUCGCCGCACAGCGAGCCAAGCGGAACCUAAUGGAUCUCAUCUCCGACCAGGAUCGAGGUCUGAGAACCCAGAAAGACGCCGUGAAGCGAGACGCGAUCGUGAAUGCCAUCGAGGCCAUGGCGGCAAUCGGGAGAAGCUCCAUCACCACAGGCGAUUCGCUGUCUGCCACGUGGAGACUACUGUGGACGACGGAGAAAGAACAGCUGUUCAUCAUAGAGAAGGCGGGGUUGUUGGGCACGCGCGCUGGAGAGGUGCUGCAGGUGAUCGAUGUGAAGAAAGGGAAGCUCAACAACGUUAUCACUUUCCCGCCCGACGGUGUUUUCUUUGUACGCUCCGAUAUCGACAUCGACAUCUCUUCCCCGCAGAGAGUCAAUUUCAGAUUCACCAGUGCGGUGUUGAGAGGAAGCAAUUGGGAGAUCCCGCUCCCACCUUUUGGCCAGGGCUGGUUUGAAAAUGUUUAUAUGGAUGGUGACAUCAGAGUGGCCAAGGACAUCAGAGGGGACUACUUAGUUGUUGAUCGUGCUCCUUUUAACUGGAAAGAAUGAUCCACUCGUAUCUUCCUUGUUCUUUCUUUUUAUUCAUCUACCACUUUUAUUUUUAGUGCCAAAUUAAGACAUUUGCACAUAUAGAUAGCUAAGUCCUUCAGAACACCACACCACUUUCUCAAUUCCUGCUGCCUAUCUUGUGAAACCUUGUUUCCUAAACCCAUAUCUUGGUGACUUAUAGGCGCUCUAACAACACUCUUGUUAUCUGCUCCUUAGACUAUUUCUUGCUCCAUGCAUCGCCAUAUACAAACAUGACAUUGGCG